CAAGGUCAUGAUCCUGGAGGUCGUUCCAGCUUCAAGCCCUCCUCCCUGGACCUGGACCGGCCCUACGACCCAUCGCACCGCCAGUCCUCCCAUCUCGAACGCCAGAAGAAGACAAGGUCAAUGAUUAUUCUACAAGACUCCUCCCACUUACCCGUGGAGCCCACCGACAUCCCCCGGCCCUCUGCCUCUGCUACACCACCCGAGCGAAUUAAAAGGAAAGGACGGGUGAUUGACAACCCGUACGCCAAUGUGGGCCAGUUUAGUAUUGGGUUGUACACGCCCACCAAGCCCCAGCGCAAGAAGAGCCCUCUGGUGAAACAGCUACAGGUGGAGGACGCUCAGGAGAGAGCCAGCAUCGCCUUGGCUGUCGCCCACUCCCGAGAGCCCUCCCCCUCAGGUCGACACCCACACACCCACGGCCACACACACACCAGCCGGGCCGACUACUACCAGCAGCAGCUGAUGGUGGAGCGCGAGCGUAUGCGUCUCCAGGGAGAGGCCCUGCUACAGGGGAAAGGGCCGUUCGCUGCCGCUAUCGCUGGUGCUGUGAAGGACCGAGAGCGCCGUCUAGAGGAACGGAGGAAAUCAACAGUCUUCCUGUCGGUGGGGACCAUGGAGGGGGGGUCUGGGUCUGUCCCUGAGGCCCCCUCCUACACCACAUCUCGCUCCAUCGAUGAGCGCCUGCUCAGCAGAGAAUUUGGCCAGCUGCCACCCCCUGCCCUGGCCCUGCGUCCCUCACCUGGUGGCACUACCUUCAUCCACCCACUCACAGGGAAGCCCCUGGAUCCUAACUCGCCCCUGGCUCUUGCGCUGGCCGCAAGAGAGCGGGCACUUACCUCCCAGACCCAGUCCCCCGCCAGCAGCCCUGAGCCCAGGACUAAACAGGAAAGGGCUGGGGCUGGAAGUCAGGGGGCUUCGCUCUUCAUCGACAGCCAGACCAAAGAGCCUCAGGAUGGGGAUGGGAGUCCGGGGUCACCCCAGGCUGGUAAACCCCAGUGGGGAGCAUCCUCACCCACCUUGCUUCGGCCGGAGAUGGAGGGAAGAGUAGAUGAGAGGAAGGAGGAGAGGAGAACGGAGGAUAAGAAGAGUUUGUUGAUCAGUAUCAUGGAUACAUCCCAACAGAAGACGGCUGGACUAAUCAUGGUCCAUGCCACGAGUAACGGCCAGGCAGUGGGUCUGGAACCAGGGCUGGAGCAGACACCCACCUCCACAGCCACCGAGCCCAGUAAACCCUCCCUCAGUCGGGUUCCAUCGCCCAGCCCCUCUGCCUCUCAGCCCCAGGCCCAGCCCCAGGCCCAGCACCCCUCCAGCCCAGCCCAGGCUACCUUGGCCCAGGGCAGUUCAGAGGAAGAUGUGGAGCCCUACACAGUGAACCUACCUCCAGCCAUGCUGUCCUCAAGUGACGAGGAGACCAGAGAGGAGCUGAAGAAGAUCGGGGUGCUCCCACCUCCGGAUGAGUUCGCCAAUGGGUUGUUGGCCAAGGCACAAGCACUGGAACAAGCCCAAGCCCAAGCCCAAGCCCAAGCCCAAGCCCAAGCCCAAGCUCAAGCCCAAGCCCAAGCCCAAGCCCAGGGGACCCCUGUACCCCAGUCUAAAUCCGUCACCUCCCCCACAACAUCUACCACCCCUACUCCCCUCACCCCUUCCACCACCACCCCAACCCCCAGCCUGUCCCCCACCCAGCCUCAGGGCCCUCCUCUCCAGCCUUCCCCUGGAGGAGCAGUCGUUUCAGGGAAGCCCUCGGACCCGGACCAGCCCCAUCCUCCAGCCCUGCUGGUUGAGUCUGGUUCAGCAGCAGACUCUGGUGUGGAGGAGGCAGACACACGCAGCUCCAGUGAGAGAGAGCGAGACCACCACCUGGAGACCACCAGCACCGUGUCCACCGUCUCCAGCAUGUCCACUCUGUCCUCGGAGAGUGGUGAGCCCGCCGACACACAUACCUCCUAUGCCGACGGGCAGACCUUUGUGCUCGACAAGCCACCAGUGCCUCCCAAGCCCAGGCUAAAAUCCCACAUCGGAGGCAGUAAAGGCCCGGUAACCUUCAGGGACCCGUUGCUAAAGCAGAGCUCUGACAGCGAGCUGUUAUCCCAGCAGCAGGCAGCUGCUCUUGCUGCAGCAGCGGCCGGAGGGCCAGGGCUGGGGCAUGGAGGCCUUGGGUCUGGAGGCCUGGGGUCAGGCUCUAUAUCUGGUCUGGUGGGAGGCCCUGGGAGGCCCCGCUACCUCUUCCAGAGGAGGUCCAAGCUGUGGGGGGACCAGAUGGAGGCGCGAGGACCCGGGGUGGGGUUAGGGAUGGGGAGUCUUGGCAGUCUAGGGGGGUUGGGGCUAGGGCUGGGGGGUGAGGAGGGAGGCAAACCAUCGGUGAUUGGGGAACUGAGUUCCAGACUGCAGCAGCUGAAUAAGGAUACCAGGUCUCUGGGGGAGGAGGAGCCACUGGGGGCAUCGCUGGACCCUGGGAGGAAGUCCCCUGUGACAGGUGCCAGGUAA